CUUAAAACCCCUUCCACUAUCACUCAGCCACUCCAAAAACUCGCCGCCGCUGCAGCCGCCAUUUCCUCCACCUUCUUCAACAAUGCAAUCCGCUUUAGUAAUUCCCCAAACCAGCUUCAUUUCCUCUCCUCCCACCACCAAAUUCUCCUCCUUUCCUAGCCGGAAUCGCCAUUUCCUCAUCCGGGCAUCAACGACUGAAACCAUCGCCCCUCCGCCCUCCUCAGUCACCGAUUCUCCUCCACUUCUCAAGCUCAACAAAUACAGUUCUCGUGUUACCGAACCCAAAUCCCAAGGCGCUUCUCAGGCUGUCUUAUACGGUGUCGGAUUAUCCGAUGAGGAUAUGGGAAAACCUCAAGUGGGUAUCUCGUCUGUUUGGUAUGAGGGUAAUACUUGUAAUAUGCAUCUCUUGAAACUUGCGGAAGCUGUUAAGGAAGGUGUAACAGAGGCGGGUUUAGUUGGGUUUAGGUUUAAUACUAUUGGGGUUAGUGAUGCUAUUUCAAUGGGUACUACUGGGAUGCGUUAUAGUCUUCAGUCUAGAGAUUUGAUUGCUGAUAGUAUUGAAACUGUUAUGUCGGCUCAGUGGUAUGAUGGAAACAUCUCUAUUCCGGGUUGUGAUAAAAAUAUGCCUGGUACAAUUAUGGCCAUGGGACGGUUGAAUCGACCUAGUAUAAUGAUUUAUGGUGGAACAAUCAAACCGGGUCAUUUUCAAGGCAAUACAUUGGACAUAGUAUCUGCAUUUCAGGUUUAUGGUGAAUAUGUGAGCGGAUCUGUAAAUGAUGAACAAAGAAUGAAUGUUAUUCGUAAUUCAUGUCCUGGAGCAGGGGCAUGUGGUGGAAUGUACACAGCCAAUACAAUGGCUUCUGCCAUUGAGGCAAUGGGGAUGUCUAUUCCUUACAGUUCUUCGACACCUGCUGAAGACCCACUAAAGCUAGAUGAGUGCCGCCUUGCUGGAAAAUAUCUUCUGAAUUUAUUGGAAAUGGAUUUGAAACCACGAGACAUUAUCACUCAUAAAUCUCUACGUAAUGCCAUGGUCAUUGUCAUGGCUUUGGGUGGCUCCACAAACGCAGUUCUGCAUUUAAUUGCUAUUGCCAGGUCAGUUGGCUUGGAUUUAACUCUUGAUGAUUUCCAGAAAGUCAGUGACCAGAUUCCUUUCCUGGCUGAUCUUAAGCCGAGUGGAAAAUAUGUUAUGGAAGAUGUACAUAAGAUUGGUGGAACACCAGCGAUCAUUCGUUACCUCUUGGAGCUUGGCUUGAUGGAUGGUGACUGUUUAACAGUCACGGGAAAGACAUUGGCGGAGAAUGCAAAACUAUUCCCUUCUCUGUCUGAAGGUCAGCAAAUUAUAAGGCCAUUAUCAAACCCAAUCAAGGAAACUGCGCAUAUCCAAAUUUUAUAUGGAAACCUAGCACCAAAAGGUUCUGUUGCAAAGAUUACAGGGAAGGAGGGACUAUUUUUCAAAGGUCCUGCUCUUGUCUUUGAAGGAGAGGAAUCAAUGAUUGCAGCUAUCUCUGAAAAUCCUAUGAGUUUCAAGGGAAAGGUGGUGGUUAUUAGAGGAGAAGGGCCUAAAGGGGGGCCUGGCAUGCCUGAAAUGCUGACACCAACAAGUGCAAUCAUGGGUGCAGGCCUUGGAAAGGAUGUUGCGUUGCUGACUGACGGAAGAUUCUCAGGAGGUUCACAUGGUUAUGUGGUUGGUCACAUAUGUCCGGAAGCCCAGGAAGGAGGACCCAUUGGUUUGAUCGAGAAUGGGGACAUCAUCACAGUAGACAUUGGGAAAAAGAGAAUGGAUGUCCAUUUAACUGAUCAGGAAUUGGAGAAUAGAAGAAAGAACUGGGUUCCUCCUGCAUAUAAAGCUCAAAGAGGUGUCCUAUACAAGUACAUCAAAAAUGUGCAAUCAGCAUCAAAUGGAUGCGUAACCGAUGAAUGAAGAAUUUGGUAGCCUCUUUUUAGAAGUCAUAGAGUGGCACACAGUUCUAAUCCAUAUGUCUAGUCGGCCUUGUGAUUUUUCUUUUUCCGGGAUGAAAUCUUUGGAUUCUCAAUGAGACUUGUAAUGUUGGAAAGACACUUCAUGAUUUUUUCGUGUCUAGUAAGGAUCGUGAAUUAUUUAUUAUAAGUGACUCAGAAUCAACAUAUGUAUUCAGUUUUCUGCCGGUGAAUGCAGUUUUCUUGUUUUC